UCAUUAACAUCAGAGGUCCGUAAUCAUUCAAGCAUCGCGUUUCGUAACAGGGCCAGGUCAGAAGUCCGAUACUGGCCGCCCCAAAACAACAGUUGCCAACUGCAUUUCGAGUCCCAAAAUGGGUCCUUGGGCAUCCUGAAAGCCGUGCUCGCAAAAUGUGCCAAGAUACGCAGGAAAAUCGCGUGAAAAGCCCUGAGAAAAUUACAUAAAUGUCUGUGAACGUGAUUGUAUAGUUUUUCCAUUCCGCACUGAACGAUUCCAAAAUGAUCGACGAACAUCAUCCCAUGCAGAUCGGAAUGUUUCCGAUGGACAUAAAGUGUCAACAGCAGCAACUGGGAGCCGGCCAACUGCCGCAAACUGGGGGCCUCAAUCAACUGCUGUUGAACGGAAAUGAACGCAUGUUAACAACACCAACGACAGCAGCAACAUCGGUGGCCGUGGCAGUGGCAACCGGAAGGAGUACGGGUGCCAAAGCCGGAGUAGCCCACAAUGACAAAAUGGCGUCAGUCAGCAGAAAUGUCAACGGAAGUUGCAGCAACCACAACAUCAGCAGCAACAGCAACAGCAGCAACAGCAGCACCCACAGCAGCAACAUGCCCAUAAACAAGCAAGCGAUGGGCAUGGGUUCGGGCACAGGAACAGGCACAGGAACAGGACAUGGGCCAGGACCACCCAACCAUGCCCACUGCAACCGCAUCACUUUGGGCGAGUGCAGCCUCAAUGGAAUGGACGGCUUUGCCACGCCGGCAGCACCUCCAUCGGCAUCCAACACACCGCAAGCGCCUCUCGGAAUGGCCUCCAACUCGAACUCCAAUUCCGGCAUGGCCAUGGGCAUGGGCAUGGAGCUGGGCAUGGCGAUGGCUCCGCCGCAGUUGAGUCAGUGCGCCCACUGCUGCCAGCCCAUUUGCGAUCGCUACAUCAUGCGCGUGGUGGAGAACUCCUUCCACGAGGGCUGCCUCAAGUGCACCGCCUGCUCGCUGCACCUGGUCCACUCCUGCUACGCGAGGGAGGGCAAGCUCUACUGCCGCGUCGACUACGAGAGACUCUACAUCCGCAAUCAUUGCCUUGGCUGUGGCCUCAAAAUCGCCGCCGAUGAGCUGGUGAUGCGAUGCCACGAGAACGUCUUCCAUCUGAAGUGCUUCGCCUGCGUGGUGUGUGGAGCUCUGCUGAAGAAGGGGGAGCAGUAUGUGGUCAAGCAGGGACAGCUCUUCUGCCGCUUCGACUACGAGAAGGAGGUGGAGAUGCUACAGGGAUACGAUUUCUAUGGCGAUGAGCUUUUUCCGCCCAAAUUGGAUGGACGAAGAGGACCCAAGCGACCAAGAACCAUUCUAAACACGCAGCAAAGACGAGCCUUUAAAGCCUCUUUCGAAGUCUCACCGAAACCUUGUCGGAAAGUGAGAGAGAAUCUGGCCAAGGACACCGGAUUAAGCCUGAGGAUUGUGCAGGUUUGGUUUCAGAACCAACGAGCCAAGGUCAAGAAGAUACAGAAGAAGGCCAAGCAGGAGCCGCCCAGCAAGGGAGCCAGUGACUCGCAGGACUCGCAGGAAUCGCUGGACAGCAGUCUGGCCACCAAGAUCAAGGACGAGGCGCACAGCGACAGUGAGUCGCAGCUGGAGUCGCCGUACUCGACGACCUCCGAAGGACUGACCCGGAUGCGAUGCACCAUCAAGGACGAACAGGAGCAAGUGCCCUUCAACUGCAUGGAGACCAAUAAAGAGAACUGCAACAAGAACAGCGAGCCCAUACUGAACACCAUUCUGGGUCUGAGCUACGCCACCUUUCAGCAGCUAAUGGGCCCCUUUGCCCAGACGCCCAUGAUCAAUCCGAUCGACCGACUGUAUAGCAUGCAGAGCUCCUACUUCCGGCCGGAGGAGCUGCAGUCCUACGGCGAAUGCGGCGUCAAGGACUCCAUGGAUCACUAGGACUAGUCCGGCCGGUGCGGAGGCCAUCGAAUUUUAAGCCCAAAUCAAAAUUAGACCUUGUAAAAUAAAAGAAUGUUAAUGUGCUAGCAAUCGAACUUAAA